AUGUUUUGCCUCCGCAGGUACGCCUCGAGCUCCCCUCAUCCACCCCUGGCUCCCCUCGUCGAGGUGUCGGCUGACCGAGGACCGCCCAGCUGGCUCCCGCUGCUCUUCAUCCCCACCAACGCCUCGCCGGCCUUUAUCCUCCUCUUCUUCGUCUGCACCUACUUUCUCAACCGCCCCUGCGUCUACUGCUCCGUCCUUCUCAUCAUCCUCUUCCUCACCUCGUGCAACUGGUCCGACCGCUGCUUCUUCGACAUCCGCAGCAACUGGUUCCUGCCGCGGUCGGCGCCGUCGGCCGCCGCCAACGACACCUCGGCCUUUGACGCCGACGUCGUCGAGAUGCUGAACUCGACGGCCAAGGCCCUCGCCGGCGCCGCCGCCGAGGAGGUGGCCGCGCGGAGGGCCGAGUGGACGGGCUUGGGCAUGGAAUGGCUGAGAAGCCUGCUGGGCCGGCGGGAGUGGCGGAUCGAGUGCAUGGACAUUUACCUACGCCUGUAA